AUGUCGUCCCUCCACACCCAGACGGAAGGGCUGUUGGCUCAGACAUCCCAGUUCUUCAAUGCGGGGGAAGAACCGCUGCUUGGGCCUCCAUCCAGCCACGAUCCGGCCGGCAGCCCGGGGCCAGGGGCGGCCUACUCGUCCUGGGAUUUACCGCCGGCGCCCGACCCACGUGACGGCACGCUGCUGCACAUCCAGCGCCUGGAGGACGUAAAUGCGGAGCUGCAGGACCGCCUGGUUGCCACGGGCGCCGCCCAUGCCGAUCUCCAGGCGCAAGCAGCGGCCCUCGACGCCGCCGUCCGCGCCCUCGAAGCAGCCAAGCGGGAGCUGGAGGGGCAGCUUCUUGACCUGCGGGAGAAGCUGCGCGCGAGCGAGCCCGCGCUGGACGUGGCGCUGCGGCAGGCGGAGGCGCGGGGCGCCGAGGCGCGGCGCGCGGCGGACGCGGCGGCGGAGGCGGAGCGGGUGCGGGCGCUGCUGGAGGCCGAGGUGGCAGGGCUCAAGAGUGCAGCGACGGAGCUUAGGAAGGAGGUUGAAACGGCCAACCGCAGGUCGCUGCAGGACGCGGACGACGCGCGGCGCGCAGAGUUGGAGGCGCAGGCGCUGCGGCGGGAGCUGCAGGGCGCGACGGAGGCGCUGGAGCGGGCGCGGGUGGAGGGCAACGAGCUGCGGGAGCGGCUGAGGGGGGCGGAGAACGAGGCGCUGCGCAAGCUGGCUACGUGUGAUCUGGAGGCGGAGCGCCUGGCGCAGCAGCUCAGGGAGGCGCAGCAGCGCGGGGCCGCGUUCGAGGCGCGCGGCCAGGAGCUGCAGCAUCACCUGGCCACAGCCCAGGCGGAGCUCAGCAUGCUGCGCCGCGAGCUGGACUCCACGCGGGCGGAGGCGGCCGGCGCGCGCGCGGCGGCCAUGGCCGCUUCCAACGCGGCCGCGGCCGCGCAGCAGCAGCAGCAGCACGCGCUGCAGCAGCAGCAGCACGCGCAGCUGCGCGCGUCGACGGCGCAGUCGGCGGGGUGGGGCGGCUACCUCGCGCUUCCGCCGCCGCAGCCGCAGCAGCAGCAGGCUUACUCGCCGCCCCAGUAUGGCGGCGGAUACUCCCAAUGGCCGCAGCCCCAAUACGGCCAGUCACCAGGAUUAGGGCCGGGCGGCCAGUUUGACGGCGGCGGUCCUUUGGAUGUGAACUUUUCCUCAAGCACGGUGUUCCGGGAAGCGGGCCAGCAGCAGCAAGGGCUGGGGGCGGAGCCGUCGUGGGCGACUGCAGGCGGCGGGGGCGGGGCUGGCGGCGCCUACUCGGUGACGUUCUCGGCGGCGCCGCCGCGCACCGCGCCUGCGGGCGGGGCCUCGCCCGGCGGGGCGCUCAAAACGGCGGCGGCGCAGCAGCAGACGACGCAGCAGCAGCAGCAGCAGCAGCAGCAGCAGGAGGACCGGGCGGCGGCCGGCGUGAGGUCGGGGCUGAGUCAGCAGCAGCAGUGGCAGCGGCGGUCGUGGGGCGAGGCGGAGGCCGGGAGCCGCAUUGGGACGGCGGCGGCCAUGUCGCCCGGCGCCGGCUGGCCGGGUCAGCAGCAGCAGCAGCAGCAGGUCGGCGUGCCGCCUGCAAGUCGCGGCGCGACGGGCCCGACGGCGCCGCCGUUUGCUGUGUCCGUCGUGCCGCCUGCCCCGGGCGGCUCGCCGCACCGCGUCCCUUACCCCGGCAGCCCCGGCCCGGCGCCCGGCGGGGGGCUUGGUGGCGGCGCCGGAGCCGCAGGGCCGCCCACGCCGGGCGCGGGGGACGGCGGGCUGUUCCGGGAGGGCGCGCCGUUUGGGACUGAGAUGUCCGUUCAAGAUAUCAUGGCGCGCACCAAGGGCGCGGAGGACGGCCUGCUGCGCGCCUGCCAGGAGCGGGACGAGCUGGAGAGCGAGCUGUCGCGCAUGCCGCUGGGCGGCGGCCGCACGCUGCGGCAGCGGCAGCGCAAGGAGUACCUGGAGGAGCGGCUGGACGGGCUGAGAUCUCAGAUCAGCUCCUACAGGAUGCAGAUCAAAAAGUUGCUGGGCAAGUAG